AUGGAAGGCAAAGAGCAGGACGGUAGUGGCCAACGCUCAUCACCCUUCAUGCCCAUGUUCGAAACGUUCCGGAGCGAGCUAGACGAACACCACGACAGACGGGAACGGAUAAUCAAAGCCUCGAGAGACAUUACCGCGUCGUCCAAGAAGAUUAUCUUCACGCUACAACGGAUACGAGCCCUCAAGCAACCACUUCCCCAGCAUGCGAUCAAGUCGAACAAGCAGUAUCACGACACCAUCAAGACACAAUACGCUUCCGUCUCUCGUGAUCUCCAAGGUCUUAACGCUCACCGGUACAACCGACAGAUCACGGGUGGUUGCCAGGAAUGGAUGGAGGCAGCAAGCUUCCAACACUACCUCGAGACUGCCACCCUGAUCGCCUACGACGAUGCCAGGAAAUUGUUGAGAGGCUUAGAUGCUGAGGGACCAGGGGUGGACUUAAGCGCGGAGGACUAUGUACUAGGCAUUUACGAUAUGACGGGAGAACUGAUGCGGUUCGCCAUCACUGCCAUGGCUACUAGUGGUGAACUGCCCAAGAUCCCGGCUACCAGUGCCAUGGACGGAGAGGAGAUGGACGUGGAUGCUACGAGUGCGGCACAGCAGCGUUCUGUGCUGACGGAUAUGCGAGAGCUGCGCUCGGCGUUGGAGGGACUGGAUGCUGGGGUGGGACCCUUUGCAAAGGAUGCGGAUAAGAAGAUGGAAGUGAUGAAGCAGAGCGUGGAGAAGGUGGAGAAGGCACUCUAUGGAUUGAUUGUUCGGGGUGCAGAACGACCGAAGGGGUGGAUGCCGGAUAUGGAUGGUGCGCGGGCUGUUGAGGUGGAGGGUUGA